AUGGACUCGAGCAUGAAAAAGAGAUUUAUCGAGCUUUUAAGCAUAUAUGGAUCCGAUUUUGAUGCAAUAGCAAGCACAAAUGAACUAGAUGGGAUGACCAGUGAAAUGCUAUAUUCCAAGUAUCCGGAAAUUCUUGACACUUACUUUCUGAAGAACACCCAGCUUAACCAAGACGAGAUCAACUGGCUACAAAUCAAAGAGAUCUAUUACAUGAACGAAAGGUUUUACUUCGACGUUUUGAUUGGGGAGCUUUGCGGAUCUCAUGUGAUCAAGAAUGGAAGGGAUCUAGAAAUUGGGAAGGAAUUGGUACUACUUCUAAAAGAUUACGAGUUUAAGUUGCUGUCGAAACUCAGCAUUUUGGACAAGCUUUACAAGAGCUUGCACAAGGACGGGAUGCUAAGCGAGGAUCUAAGUAGAAGAAUUAGCACGUCUUCCAGCAAGUCUAUGGAGAAAAAGAAUAAGAGUAAGGCUUCUCCAAGCGUGGAAGAUUCGGAAUCUAAGAAGAAGCUUUCCAAUAUAGCUGUUGUUGUUAAGAGUAGCCAGGAGAUAUCUUCCGCUAAAGAUGGAGCUGAAGAUGGAAGUAGCGCCAAGGACACAAAAGAUUCUAUAGAGAAACAAGCUGAAGAGAUUGAGGAAGUCGCUGAACAGUGCCCAUCCGAUCGGAAGCCUGCAAACAAGGGCAAUACUAUGGGGCUUGAUUACUCAGCAGUUCUCAGACUUUCAAGAGAGCAGAGAAAGUAA